CACAGCCCAAUGGAUGCUGGGAAAUGUAGUCACAAACAGCGUAAAAAAUGGUGGACAUGCAGCCUCCGCCUUUUAGAACCUUGGACGAUUUUCUCUUGUGUUCCGCCCGGUUUUCCGUGCCUGAUGUCCGUAACUUAGAGCGGUGGAAUAACCGUAUCAUAAACAACUUGCUGUAUUACCAGUCAAACUAUUUCACUUCGGCUGUGGCUUUUCUUGUUAUAGUCGGGUAUUUCCAGCCAUUCCAGCUGAUUCUCGGAGCAACUGUUGUGGUUCUUCUCUUUUUGGUGUUUGUUUGGGCUGCGGAAAACAAGGCUGUAGUCCGAAGAUUCAGGAGGAAUCAUCCGUCACUCUGCUUGUCUGCAAUCCUGGGCUCCAGCUACCUACUUCUGUCCGUUUUAGGAGGGGUGGCGGUGUUUCUUUUUGGCAUCGCCUUCCCCAUAUUAAUGAUUCUUAUACAUGCUUCAGUAAGACUCAGAAGUCUUAAGAAUAAACUGGAGAACAAGCUGGAGAGUAUAGGACUGAAGAGGACUCCCAUGGGCCUGUUGCUGGAAGCUCUUGGACAGGAGCAAGAAGCUGGAUCAUAGUUGUGCCAACUCUUUCCUGGACCCUUCUUGCAUAUCUUGAAAAAAAAUAGCCAUGAAUUUGACAUGUUGUUGUAUUAAAAUCUUUCAGAUACGCAAGAUGGGUCAGAUAUGGGGAGGACUUGAUGCAGGAUAAGAACUGACUUGAAAAGCGAUUCAAAGCAAAGUGUUCAUACUUUAUUGAGUUGAACAUGAAUGAAGAAAGGAUAAAAUGUCUUAAAGUAUAAGCUGACUUAAACAAAAUAUAGAAAAGUAUGCCUAGUGACAACACUUGAUAUUGUGAACUGUGUGUGAAGGAAAUAUAUAUCUGAAGACACGAUCAGAUGACCUGGAGUGGAGGUUUGCAGGAAAGGAAACGAUUUACAUUUUAUGGCCAUUCAUUUUUUUACAAUUGGUGUUUUUGUUUUGUUAGCACAUUACAUGACCAAAUAGAACUGUAAUUAUUUAUGUUGUAUCUUAUUUUGCUUUUAGCAAAGUUAUGCCAUGUGUGGUUUCUCUCACAAAAGUGACCAUAGCAACCCUUUUGAGAGAAUAUCAAGAAUAUUUAUUCCUCAAUAGCCCUUAACUGAUAUUGCCAAAUCUCUGAUUUCCUCAGACAGGGGAGAUGCAAUAUAUAAUAAAAAAUGUAGACAGUCAUUAUCUUAAAAUAUGUAACCAUAUGUGGUGCAUCAAUAUGUAACGCUACAGCUUUUGAAUUGAAUGACAUUAUAGAUACUUCAACUUUUUCAUUCCUUCAUACUCUGUUGCCAAACUCGAAGACAAUGAAUUCCUAAAACUGCAAUGGAUUCCUUAAAGUAAUUUAAACUUUUCAUGCAUGAAAAUUCAUACAAGUACUUUAUACAUAUAUAUUAUGUCCUGUCUUACUUUAUGUCUGCUUAAGUUUUGCCUUUAUUUAACUCACGUUCAACUUAUGCACGCCAUAUUUAAUGUUUAGCAUCAACUGCCUUGUAUUUUCGCGAACUUCUCGUCCAUUGUAGUGAUUAUAAUAAAUGCACGUUCAGAA